AUACCGAAUCACACAAGCGGACAGCGAAAGCUCCGUUCUUUGUGGCCGCCGAUGUUAUCGUUGUCGCGUUUGCGUGCUCCUCGCGCCAACAAAUUCCGCGCUCCACCUCCGGAAAACAACCUCGGCUGCCGUUGACCUCUGCCGAGCUCUCGCUGAGUCACUGCUGUUCCUGCUGUCCUGUGCUUCGAUCCAGUAAUCCCGUCGCUUGCGCCGGCGAUGAUGGGUGGUGCUGAGAGGCCAGCGAAGGCGCCAGGAGCCGCCGAGCUCGAGGAGAGGCUGCUGCGGCCGCCGGCGGCGGCGAGGAGCCGAGAUCUUGACGGCGGCGGCAGGAGGAAGAGGGGGAAGUGGGAGAAGACGUACCUGGACGUGCUGGGCGUCUGCUGCUCCGCGGAGGUAGCGCUCGUCGAGCGGCUGCUGGCGCCGAUCGACGGCAUCCGGGGGGUCACCGUCGUCGUCCCCUCCCGCACCGUCAUCGUCGAGCACGACCCCGCCGCCGUCUCCCUGUCCCACAUCGGUAACCAACCCUUUGUCUUCCUCCUCCUCAUACUUGCAGAUCCUUGCAAGAAUUGGCUCACCUGUGUCGGGACCCCAGACCGAUGAAGGCUCUGAACAGGGCGGGCCAGGAGGCGUCUGAGCGCGCGUACGGCAGCAGCGGCGGGGUCGUCGGCAGGUGGCCCAGCCCGUACAUCCUCGCCAGCGGCGGCCUCCUCCUCGCCUCCUCCCUCGCGCCGCUCCUCCCGCCGCUGCGCUGGCUGGCGCUGGCGGCGGCCUGCGCCGGCGCGCCACCGGUGCUGCUCAGGGCGCUCGCCUCGGCGACAAGGCUUGCCCUGGACAUCAACGUGCUCAUGCUCGCCGCGGCGGCCGGCGCCGCCGCGCUCGGGGACUUCGCGGAGGCAGGCGCCAUCGUGUUCCUCUUCACCACCGCCGAGUGGCUCGAGACGCUGGCGUGCACCAAGGCCACCGCCGGGAUGUCGUCGCUCAUGAGCAUGAUCCCGCCCAGGGUCGUCCUCGCCGACACCGGGGAGGUCGUCAGCCUGCGCGACGUCAAGGUCGGCGCCGUCGUCGCGGUCAGGGCGGGGGAAGUGGUGCCGAUCGACGGCGUGGUCGUUGACGGGCAGAGCGAGGUCGACGAGAGUAGCCUCACCGGCGAGUCCUUCCCCGUGCCAAAGCAGCCGCCGUCGGAGGUCUGGGCCGGCACCAUGAACCUGGAUGGUUACAUUGCCGUGAGGACAACAGCUCUGGCCGAGAACUCGACGGUGGCAAAGAUGGAGAGGCUGGUGGAGGCGGCGCAGAACAGCCGGUCCAAGACGCAGCGGCUCAUCGAUUCUUGCUCAAAGUACUACACGCCGGCCGUGGUUGCUCUUGCAGCAAGUGUGGUUCUUGUCCCCCUGCUGCUGCGAGCACAGGACAUGCGAAGAUGGUUUCGGCUGGCCUUAGUCCUGCUGGUGAGCGCGUGCCCGUGCGCGUUGGUCCUGUCGACGCCGGUCGCUACGUUCUGCGCGCUCCUGAGGGCGGCGAGGAUGGGGGUUCUCAUCAAGGGAGGGGACAUUCUUGAGACACUAGGUGGGAUCAGGGUUGCGGCAUUCGACAAGACGGGAACUAUCACAAAAGGGGAGUUCAGCAUUGAUGGAUUCCAUGUGGUUGGGGACAAAGUUGAAUUGAGCCAGCUUCUUUACUGGGUGUCUAGCAUUGAGAGCAAAUCAAGCCAUCCAAUGGCAACUGCACUUGUGGAGUACGCUCAGUCCAAAUCCAUCCAGCCGAAGCCGGAAAACGCGACUGAAUUUCGCAUCUACCCCGGGGAAGGCAUCUAUGGGGAGAUCAGUGGAAGACAUGUCUACAUUGGAAACAGAAGGAUCAUGGCAAGGUCCUCAUGCUACACAGUUACGUGCGCAGUACCAGAAAUGGAUGAUCGAAAAGGCGCGUCGAUCGGCUAUGUGAUCUGCGACGGGGAUCUAGUGGGGGCGUUCUCGCUCUCCGACGACUGCCGGACCGGCGCGGCGGAGGCGAUCCGCGAGCUGAGAUCAAUGGGGAUCAAGUCGGUGAUGCUGACAGGGGACAGCAGGUCGGCGGCCAUGCGCGCGCAGGAGCAGCUAAGGGGCGCCAUGGAUGAGCUCCACCCGGAGCUCCUCCCGGCGGACAAGGUCCGACUCGUCGGCGAGCUCAAGGCGCGGGACGGGCCGACGAUGAUGGUCGGAGACGGCAUGAACGACGCCCCCGCGCUGGCCAUGGCGGACGUCGGCGUGUCCAUGGGUCUGUCGGGCUCGGCAGCCGCCAUGGAGACCAGCCACGCCACGCUCAUGUCCAGCGACAUCCUCAGGGUGCCCGCCGCCGUCGGGCUCGGGCGGCGCGCACGCCGGACCAUCGCCGUAAACGUGGUUGUCUCCGUCGCCGCGAAGGCCGCCGUCGUCGCGCUCGCCGUCGCGUGGCGACCCGUGCUGUGGGCGGCCGUGCUCGCCGACGUCGGGACGUGCCUGGUCGUCGUGCUCCACAGCAUGACGCUGCUGAGGGAACCUGGGACACGGAGGGGAGGGAAGGACGAGGUGUGCCGCGCCACGGCGAGGUCGCUGGCCAUGAGGUCGUCCCAGCUCGCCGCAGCAUCGAACGGCGCGACGGCGAGUGUUCAGGGACCAGAUGUUGGAGGAACUAGAAGCUGCCGUUGCUGUCAGAAGCCAGGAAAGUCGUCUGAGCAGGAGCACUCGGUUGUGAUCGACAUACCGGCGGCAUCAUCAUCAUCUGCCGAGCAUCGAGAAAUCCAGAUUCCUCGCGCCACGGCGAAAGGCAGCGGCGGUGGAUGUUGCGGCGCCGGCAAAGCUUGUGGUGCUUCCACGGUGACUUCUGCAGCUGACGUUCCGAGAAAAUGUUGUGCCCGUAAAGAAGACAGCCGUGUGAGUGUUAAGACAGCCUGCUGCAACAAUGGAGGUGGUGCGCGGGGUUCUCCUAGGUAGGAAGGAAGGGCAAGGUUGCAGGGACGAUGCAAGGUGUUGUUCCGGUGGUGUCUCAACUCCCAAGUGCAAGUGAAUUACUGAGGGUGCGUUUGGCACAGCUACCAGAGCUGCUGAAUCCAACAGGAGAUCUGCAAACAAUUUUUUAAAGAAAAUUGAUUCUUCGCUGACUGUGUGAAGUGAUUCUCUGAAAUAACUAAGAGGCUGGGAGUGGAAAAAGGUAGCUUCUUCUGAUUCUGUGAAGUGAUUCUUCAUCCUAAUUUUAAGAGUUUAUGCUAAAGAAUUAAAGAGAAUCAUAGUUUAUUCUAAAGAAUCAAAGAGAAUCAUUUUCAGCCACAGAAUCACUUCUCUCUGAGAAUCAACUCGCAUGGAGAAUCAGAAUCAGAUGGAGCUCUACUUAAAACAAUUAGAAAAAUUAACCGGGGCAUCGAACGUGUGUGUUCAAAUCGACUGGGCAGCUCAAUGAAAACUGUUGUCGUUCUCAUUUCACAUUUUUGUUGUGAAUUUUGUACAGAUUAACCUUCUCAAGACCUCCGGCCUAAUAAUGACCGAAGGCCCAAGACAAACCAAGAGCAGCAAGCAGACCGGGCCUGUCGUGUAAGUUGGUUUGCACGCUGCUACCUGCUAGUCUGUAAUGGGCUGAAGCUCAUAUGAUGGCAUACACAUAUCGGGCUUGUGCUGAGUCACACAACAAUGAUGAAUACUUCGUUGACCUCUA